AUGUCUUCGCCAAGCAAACGUAGAGAGAUGGAUUUAAUGAAACUGAUGAUGAGUGAUUAUAAGGUGGAAAUGAUCAAUGAUGGCAUGCAAGAGUUCUAUGUGGAGUUUCAUGGACCUAAAGACAGUCCUUAUCAUGAAGGUGUGUGGAGGAUAAGGGUGGAGCUGCCAGAUGCUUAUCCGUAUAAAUCUCCUUCUAUUGGCUUUGUCAACAAAAUUUACCAUCCAAAUGUUGAUGAGAUGUCGGGCUCAAUAUGCUUAGAUGUUAUCAAUCAGACAUGGAGCCCAAUGUUUGAUCUCGUAAAUGUGUUUGAAGUGUUCCUUCCUCAGCUUCUUUUGUAUCCCAACCCAUCAGAUCCAUUGAAUGGAGAGGCUGCGGCACUGAUGAUGCGUGACCGACCUGCAUAUGAACAAAGAGUGAAAGGUGCAAUGCUUUUAAAACAUAUAGCUCCUUAAGCUGAAUGCCUUGAUAUGUUGGAUUAGCAAACUAUUGGCUCAUUUGAUUCCAAUAUGUUACGCAUUGACUCUCAGAUUGGCGCUGCGAGUCUCAAUGAGACCAUUAUUAUCUAUCACUGAGUCUUCUGUGUACAGGACAACCUCACUCUUUCAUAGUCAUCAUCAUAUGUUGAUAGUUAAAGCCUACUCUGAAAAUUUUUAAUCAUUAAAAAUGACUCAAGAUGUUGGAUUUAGUUCCUACCCAGUUGUGUGCUUUGGAUUGACAUGGGGUUAUUGCUGGAUGUGGUGGAUUCUUAUUAUUCUAAUUAGCGGACCAUCUAAGAGGAUCUAAGAUUAAAAUUCAUUGGAUUCAUUUGAGUUAUAUAUUUAGUGUUCUAUUAACAUAGUACAAUCCAAAAUUUAUAAAGUAUAAAUCUUUUGAAAAUUAGAAAGAGAAAAGGCUUAAGGACUCAUUUUCUUUUGGUACCAAAGUUUUAAGUGUAUGGAUGAUGAUGAUAUAGUCCCUUUUUUUCAUGUCUUUUGCCAUUUUUGUGACUUGUGAAAGUCUAGACAUUUUUCAAAAAUGGUAUGUGUUGAAGAAGUUUGAAUAACAAAAAAUGCUUCUUCAAAGCAACGCAUAAUAUACAGUAGGGAGCCAGUAAGUUGCAUCAAAAUUGAAAUGAACUUGGAAUUUAAGGGGUGACAAAUGUCAAGAGAUGAAUGCUUGUUAUCUUUGAUUGGUACCUAUAUGAACUAUGAAGGAUAUGUGAAGAGAAUCUUGCCAAUUGAAUUUCAGUGUUUCACUGUGGUGGAUGAAGCUAAUGAGUGUCUUGGAAAUUAGUGCAACCUUAUUUCAUUGUAUGGAAUUUGGUGGGCAAUUGGAAAACAAUUUAGCUUAGCUGGAACUUGGAAGGGCAGACAAAGAUAAUUUCCUCCAUUUCUUUUGUGGGGGGUGGGGGAAGUGGCGCAAAGUAAACUUGCAUGAAGGAGAUUCUCAAUGGGCAACCAGACAAUAAAAUUGAUAAGGAAUUGUGAAAAAUAUGGCAGGGAGUCAUGAGUUUACAGGGAUGUUAAAAGAAGACGCACUCGAAACCAUAGAAAUAAACAAAAAGAGAAAACCCACAAAGCCAUCCUCACCUAUUUGGUAGUCCAAGUUGAAAUGGAUGAGCAAGAACAUCAUGUAACUGAAUUAUGAGAAGGUAAAGAUAAUCCUAAUUGGGGACCAGAUGAAUGCAAGUCUCUAAUAUGGUUUGGACAUGUGCUGCAAAGACCAGUUUUUGCAUUUUUAGUCAGUGUAGCUAGAAGGACAUGAUGAUGUUCAAUUGGAGAAAUUGAUUUAGAAUUUUCCGAGGAAAACAGAUAAAGCAUUAGAAUUGACUGGUGAAACAAAUUCAUGUCUCUAUAUUGAGUUGGUAACAUGGGAUAAUUGCACUUUGCCAUUGCUUUUCGUAUAAACAGUUUUAGUUUAUAUAUUUACUAGGGGUAACCCAUGGUCUCAUGCGUGAAGACAAGGUACAAUAUAAAUGGUUUUGAGAGGGAUGCUGAUGGCCGUUGGAUGAGUCUAUUCAUCAGAUGGGUUUAUUGAAGUCUUCCUCUUUUAUAUUAUAGAUGUCAAGCUGCAUGUAGAUUUAAAGUAUGUCAAGCAGCAUACAAAUUUAGAGUAAAGUUCGUUUAUUUAUUUUUAUCUUGGACUUGAGACAACAUAUUUGAUAUGUGUUCACUUUUUUCUUCAAGUGAAGGUUCUACAUAGACCAUUCUUAAAAUGAGAUUUACUUCUCUAGUGAAUUCUUGAGAAGCGAAGUUCCCAAAACAUUAAGUGAUGCAUGCCACUAUGCAAGCCCUUUUUCAUUUGAUUGAGGUUGAAGGAUUUGGUCGUGAAUGAUUUAAUCCUUUAAUUGAAUCAUUUCAUUGGGAAUUCAAACAUCGAUCUAUGGUUUUCCAUAAUUGGCAGCACUGGCCAUAUUUUGGCAUUACAUCAAUAAAUUAAACUGUUGUUCAACAUCUAAAUAUGAAUACCACCAUUUGCACACUCAGAGGAGCAUGAUCAAAUUCCUCUUCCACUUGACGUGUGGUUUUGUUAUAUGUCAUGCAAGAAGUGUGCAAUGCCCAAGUUUCUUUAAUUCUCAUAAAACUCGAGAAGUGGAGAUGACUUAUAGAAAUGUUAUUUUAUAAAAUCCUAGUUAUUGCCUUUGUCUGAAGGUACUCAAUAAUUAAAAAAAAAAUUAUCAAUCAUAAAACAUAUUUAUAUUUACACCCAAAAUAAAAUCACAAAUAUAGAGGAGAGACAAAAGAAUUUAAGUAUCGAUCAUAAUGGGGUGAGUGGUGGUAAUGGUGGAUAGCAGUGGUUGUGGUGGAAAACGGUGAUAGUUAUGGUGGGUGAUGACGACCAUGGUGGUGGUGGAUGUGGGUGGCGGUGGGUGACGAUGAUGGUGGUUGGCAGCGAUGGUGGGCAGUGCCAGUGGUGGUGGUCAACGACGAAAGGUAUUUUUGGGCUAGUGGUAGGGGUGGUGGUAGGUGUGGUGCGGGUGGGUGAUCGUGGGUGGCGAUAGUUGUGGGCGACGACGGGUGGUGGUUGGUUGUGGUAGUGGGUGGUGUGGGCAACAAUGGUGAUGGUGGGCGACGGUGGUUAUAGGAUGACGAUGGUAGUGGUAAUAAAUAUAAGAAUGAGAUGAUAAUGGUGGUAGGUGGUGGCAAUGGACAAAAGUGGUAGCAAUCGGUGGUGGCGCUUGUGGCAGAGGUGGUAGAGCAGUGGGGGUGGUGUUGGUGUUGGUGGUGGUGGAGUGGCAGUGCCAGUGGCGACGAUGGUGGUGAUGAUUGCGGUAGAGGUGAUGGAGCGGUGGGGUCGUGUUGGUGGUGGAGUGGCGGCAAUAGCGAUUGUGGUUUAUUGUUUUUGUAAAGAAGUGAUUUUGAAGAAGUAGAAAUUAUUUUAUUUUAUUUUUACUUUUACAUACUUAUUUAAGUGG